AUGAGCUCUAGGAGAACAAAGAUUCGGGUGCCGAGCAGGCUAGGAUACUCGGAUGAGACUUCAGAGAGUUUAUUAAGGACCGUGGGUGAAGCUAUAGAUACGAUUUGCAAAGGCGAAUCAGAGAAGCUAUCAUUUGAGCAUCAUUAUCGGAUUGUUUAUACGCUAGUUCUCAGGGGCAAAGCUCCUGAGGUUUACGAGUGCGUGCAAACCCAUAUUGCCACAGUGCUUGACAUUUGGGUGAAGGAGUGGGGCAGGGUGUCUGAUGUGAAAGAUAAAAACAUCGAAAGCUACUCAAUUUGGAUGACCAUGUGGAAACGACAAUGUGAAUACUUUAAGCUCCUAAGUGAUGUUAUGAUAUACAUGGACAAGGUUUACUGUAAACCUGAGAAAAAAUUAGAAACCUAUGAUCUAGCACUUCAUGUGUUCAGAGACCACGUAAUAAAGCCGUUGUUUGAUUAUAUUUACCAAAUUUUGAUAGAAAGCGUCAAUGAAUCUCGCCAUGACCAGUAUGCGAAUGAUAAUUGUGUUAAUAUUUGGCGUGACAGCGUUGACUUAAUGGAAAAGUUAGACGAUGAAAAGGACAAUUAUUUUGCAACUCAUUUCGAACCGAUAUUCUUGUUUGAAACCAAAAAGUAUUACGAGUCUGAAUUAAAUGGGAAGAAUUUACCGCCAGUUCAGCUUCUUGAACAUAUGAAGAAGUUAAAGCAGUUUGAGUAUGCGCUAGAUUGCCGUUUCUUAAACGCAGAUAGUACAGCCAAGGUAACCAAUGUGCUAGACAAAGUGCUUCUUUGGAACCAGAAUUUCUUGGAAGCUGCCCCAUCAUUAAUACGUCUAGCAAUUGACGAAGGGAAUGUGGAUCUGAUGAAGGAGCUCGCUGAUCUCUCGUCAGAGGAAAGAUAUGCGAUUAACAUUCUUGAUUGCAUCAAGAAAUGUAUAUCGGAUGAUGCAAAUGCAAUACCCAUUGAUACAGGCUCUAGGAAGAAAGCUCAAGUUGCCACACAAUGGACAACGAGUUUGAUUGCAUUAUAUGACAAAUACCAUGAUUUUCUCAAACAGUUAGACUUCAGACACCUCACUUUUCAACGAGAUGGUUCUGGAGAGGUUCAAAUUAAUACCAAACUCUUAAAUGAUGUCUUCUCGAACUACUUAAAUGGACAAGGAAAGCAGGCGAUUGAAUUACUCACCACUUACUUAGACGUCUUCUUAAAGAUGACACAAGCUAGACGGGAAGUUGACAGAAUAAAGAAAGACCUAGAAGCUUCUGUUAAGCUCUUCAAGCUUUUCGCUGAAAAGGACGUUUUCAUCAACACUUUCAAGCUACAGAUGUCGAGACGACUUUUACAGCAUAGAUCAUCAACUGACGUUGAAAGAUGGAUGGUCAAACGUCUAAAAGAAGAAAUGGGGACUUUUUUUACUUCAAAAUUGGAUGGUAUGCUUAGAGACAUUGGAACUUCGUCAGAACUACUACGUUUGUUUAGAAACAGCCUCGACGAAGCUCAAUGGCCGAAAGACCUAGAUUUUAGGCCUCAAAUUUUGACUAUGACCUCUUGGCCGUUUCAGCCACCUACUAACUCAGAUUUUGAGCUGCAGUUACCUACAGAAUUAGAGCAACUGAAGUUAGACUUUGAAAGUUUUUACACAAGAAAAUAUACUGAAAGAACCCUGCAAUGGGCGCAUAAUUUGGGUUACAUAGAAAUUGGAUUCCAAUUUGAUGCUUCGUAUCAUGAAUUAAGCAUGCCCAUUCCAAUCGGAAUCGUUUUUCUCAUGUUUGAGAAGUAUGAUGAGCUAACUAUUGAGAUGAUUGAAGAGCAGACGAACAUACCCUCCCAAGAACUUCAUAAGCAUCUCUUGUCGCUCACCAUUGCACCAAAGUCGAGAAUUUUGAAAAAAAAACCCAUGUCAAGAACAAUUUCUUCCACUGAUAAGUUCUCAAUAAAUUAUUCAUUCUCGGCUCCUGCACGUAAAGUGAAAGUCCAAACUAUCACAGGCAUACUUCCACCUUCAAGGUCAGACUCGGCUGUCGAUCUCGUUCAGGAUACCCUUAAACGUGAAAGGCUGAGCGAGAUCAAUGCCGCAGUCGUACGCAUCAUGAAAGCUGGUCAACACCUUACUCACACAGAACUCAUGAAUAAAGUUACCUUGGAACUUGAAAGUCGUUUUCCGCUCACAGGGUCAACUUUCAAGAAAAGUCUGAACUAUCUAUUGGAAAAAGAAUACAUUCAACGGGAUCCCGAGGACAUUUCUAUCUAUCAUUACAUCUCAUGA